AUGGACGUCGUACAGAAUUACCUCGCCCUUCUACACACGCUCCUCCCCUCGUCGCUGAUCAACCCUCUCAUCAGCGCCAUCUCCACCGUCUACGGUCUAACCAAAUCCCUCCAAACCCACUUCGCACCGCUCAUCACGCAAGUAAUCACGCAACCAGACAUCGCGUCCGUUCUCAUGCUCCUCGCCAUCCUCUGGUUCUCGCUUCAGAUCUUUGGCAUGCUGUACCGCAGCGUCAUGUUCUGGGUCCGGCUGGUCUGGCAGCUCGCACAGUACAGCUUCCUCAUCGUGGUGUCGCUGUGGAUCUGGAACCGCGGGGUCGAUGGCGCCUUACGCGAUGCGCAGGAGCUGGCGGGGUUCUGGAUGGGGGAGUAUCAGAAGUUCAGUGGAGAAGCGAAGGCGUGGAAGGUUGCGGAGGAAGCGCAGAUUCGGAUGCAGGCGAAGCAGCGGGCCGCAGGUGGUGGUGGGUUUGGAUGGCGCUAG